AUGGCCACACCUUCCCUGGGCCAGGUCGUAGAGAUGCCUAAUCGCUUCCAUCCGUGGGAGGGGCGGGAGCGCGCAUGUGCGCAGCGCGGCGCGCAGCCUGCGCCGCCUGGACCCUGCGCCCCUCGCCCCGCGCCCCGGCCCGGCCCGGCCCGGCCCCGGCCUGCGCCCGGCCCCGGCCUGCUGAGCGCCGCAGGUAAGCGCCCCGCCGCGCCCUCGGCCGCGCCCCCGGGCGGCCCCCGCGCUGGCCGCGCCCCCGACCCUGACCCCGCGCUCAAAUCGGGGGGGCCGGGCUCCGAGCCCCCGCCCGCCGCCCCCGCCGCGCCCGGACCCCCGCGCCUCUCCCCGCGCCCGGCGUUGGCGCCGCGUCCCUGCCUCCUCCUUCUCCAGAAAAAGUCGCCAUUUUGGUUCACUGCCUUUGGGCCGCCCCCCCCUCCCCAGGCUCGCGGGAUCGGCCCUUCCGGGGCCAGGCAGGGCCCGCACCGGCCGCAGGUGACAGGUGGGUGGCGAGGCCAGCCUCCAGGUGUGCGUCCCCUGGACGGCCUCAUCCGCGCGCCCGGGCCUAGGCCGGGGUCCCGGGCUGAGCGGCCUGGACCGCGGUCCCGCCUCCAGCGUCGCCUGCGGUCAGCGCGUGGCACUCCUUUCCACCCCAGUGAGGGUCCCACCUCUGCGACCCUGCUGGCUCCUCAGGGAGGGUAG